CAUAACAGUACCCUUUUUACAUCAGCGUGGCAACGCAAUUUUUGGGUGAAAAAUUAUUGAAAUCGUUGUAAAAGUGCAAAAAAACAGCAGUGCUGUGCAUCGAAAUAGCUCGAAAUCAGUGCAAUUACACAUUUAACAAGCAACAACAAAGCAAGCUUGCUGCCUAUUUCUUCUCCCCAAGCCUGAAAGUGUCACCGCCAAGACGUACGUGCGAAAAAUGUUUUGGGACAAGGGUUAUGCGCCCUCAGCGAACAUAGAGGCGCUGCUAGAGAAAGAGAAUUCCACGGUGGAGGAAUUUCUCGACGAGGAGGAAAUACUGCAGGAAUGCAAAACGCCAAAAAAGAACCUCGUCAACUAUUUAACACGGCCCGAAGUAAUUAGACGACUUGUCGAACUAAUCACAACGGAACCAUCGGAGGAUGUGCCGCUGGCGCAGCGUUUUCGCUAUGCAAACAUGUCAUGUGAGAUACUAACACUCGGCCUGCCGUCCCUGGAUGAAAAGCUGCUGUCCGAUGCGAAUACACUACAGUUGCUGUAUUCAUAUCUGGAAAAGGAACCACCGUUAAAUCCAUUGCUAUCAUCGUUUUUUAGCAAAACGUUUAGCAUGCUCUUUACCAAAAAGCCUGAACAAGAUUGGUUUUUGUAUCAACAAAUGUGCCUACAACUUUUGGAAUAUAUUAAAAUGCAGACGAAUUUUUUGGAUUUAAUUUGUAAACACUUCGACACACCGGUCAUACCUGAUUUAAUAAUGCAAAUGAUGAAGCUCAUCGAUGGUGGUCAGCUAAAGCGCAACCUAUACGAAUGGCUAACUGAAGAUAAAAUUGUAGAGAGACUGAUUGCAAUAUUGCGUAAUCCUCAAGAAACCGAUAAACAUGCAAAUGUUGCGGACUUUUUCUGUGAUCUUAUUAACCAAGGUCGUCUAAUGCGGCAAACCGAACAGGAGAACGAUUCAUUCGAGCCGGCCUUUGAUGGCUCCAAUCCCAUAUUGAGAAAUAUUGAAUCCGUACAGACAAUAGAAGCCUUGUUAAAUGUGAUUUUGGAACCAAACGCUCUAGAGAGCGCCAUCUUAUCAGGAAUAUCGGUUGUACUUACGCUAAUCAAACCCAUAAAGUUCACUGAUGAGCCCAACUCAGAUCGCCAGCGUUUGUUGCAGAAACGUGAGCGUGAAUUUCAUUUGGAAGUGCAGGAGACUGUGAUUACAGUGAUGGCGCCACGCCUCAAGGAAUUUGUGCAUGUGCUCAAGAAUCCACCAGCGAAACCGAGUUUGGAGACUACGGCAGCGGUGCUGACACCUCCAUUUGGUAAGACACGUCUGCAGGUGUGUCGCGUCUUUACCGCAUUGUUGGAGACGAAGCAUGAGACUAUUCAACAGGCUAUUUGUGCCACGGACUAUUUUGCCUUGCUGCUGGACUAUUUCAAGGAAUACUGCUGGAACAACUUUUUGCACAGCGAGAUGGAGAAGGCAUUGCAUUUGGCCUUCUAUAACGAGUUGUCAAACAACAAUACCACCUCAACUGAGUGCACCGACAUUUAUCAGGAUGAUUGCCUAUUUGAUUGCCUAAUGAAAAGCCCAGCGGCUAUAAACUUCUCGACCGAUGUGCAAGCGAAAAAUUUCGCAAAUGAUGCAAAGCGCGCAGAGGGCGGUAAUGAUGGGAAAGACCAGACAAUUGAAGCGGCAUCGGCAUCAGAAUCGGCAUCAGCUGAACAAGAGGCAACUGACACUGAUCAGCAGAAUGAGAAUCCAAAUGCAAAUGCAACGGCAGAAGAAGUGGAGACCAACCAGGAGAACCAUAUUAAAAGCAAUGAUGCAGAAGGUGCUGAAGCAGCGGUUGCUGGAGCUGCUGAUGAUGCUCAAGCUCAACCAAAUCCGUCGACCGAAGGGCCGCCAGCACAGAAUGAUUUGGAUAAGACUAAGACGCCAAACAAUAACCUGCCCACAGAGAUGCAAACAUAUCUGAUUGUCAAAUGCCAACUGGUAUCCAAAUUGGUCAAUUACUGGCGUCACAAUACAGAAGCGCAAUCUGCCGAAAAGGGUCGACGACUAGGCUAUAUGGGCCACCUCAUCAAAAUUCUUAAACAUAUUACGAAUUGUAUAUCAGAAUCUGAACAUAUCGCUGCCUUGAUUGCCUCUAAUUUUGCGGAUGAGUCGGAGCUAAAGCUCUGGCAAUCGCUGAUCGAUGCCGAUGAAGGUGAAUUCACGAAAGCAGUGUCACAACAGAGUAAACUGUUGGCCAACUGCAAUCCACACGAGGACAAUGAGUACAGUGCUGGCAACUCGAAAGAUUUUCUGGGCGAAAACACUUGGGAUAUUAAUACAGCAUCGAUCACUAAUGAUGGUUAUAGCGAUCUGGAUAACACACUGCAGGACAUUGUAUUUACCACGGACAACGAUCAGUUUAUGUUUCAAUUUGGCCAGAAUAUCGACGAUGAUGACGACGAUGAUGAUGAGAACGGUGGCAGUGGCGGCGAUGGUCUCGGUCAUCAUGGUCAUGGUAUGUUUACUAAGAAUUCCAUCACCCUCAACAAUCUGGCGGCUGAUCCCUGGGAGAUGGACGUACAGUUUGCUGAUAUUACUGGUGCCUCUACGGACGUGAAUACUGAUAAUGCCAGUACUGGUAAUUGGGGAGCUGACUUCAACAGUGACAACUUCGCCGACUUCGAUGCGCAUUUCAGCACCUUUGGCAGUGAUUUGGGCAUGCCGCAUACACAACCCCCUCCUUCCGAUGCAUCACAAUCGACCGAAGCCAACGAUCUAUCCGCCAAGACCAAUAGCGAUGAACAGCAACGGGCAACGCUUAACGAGGACGAUGUGUCCAUGACUGCAACCAUAAAAGACGACCACCAGGCAGAGUAUGACAACAAUGCCAAUGUGGAGAAAGCCGCCAGCGAUAAGUUUAACGAGCUAAACGAUCUCGACACUGCUGCAACAGCAGCUUCGGCUGCCACAUCCAUCGUUAGUAGGUUGCAGUCGGUGCUGCUCGCUGGCGAGGAGGACUACGAAGAUGAUGAAGGCAUGUGGACAAAGCCAUUGGGUGGCAAUAGUAGUCUAUCUGCGAUGGCAACCGAUCAACAGCCUGCUUCAAUUUCAAAUGGACCCAGUAAAAUUAAUGAAUUCAAUCAUGCCAACGACAAUAGCACCAGUAACGAUGCUCGCGACGAUAGCAACAUCACAGCCAGAUCGGAGCAGGAGCAACAGCAGCAGCUGCAGCAGAAGUCUGAUAGUAUAAACGCAGCGGCUGCUAAAACCUUUGCUGAAAAUGCAACAACGACAACAUAAAUGUGCCGACACAUACACCCAACACACACACACAUGUACAGGCACAUUGACACAACCACAUACAUACAUACUACAUCAACGAUUGCAAUUUGUAUAGCAUAAAAUAUGUCAAAAAGUUGUAAACUUAAAAGCCUUUGAUUUGCUCUUUGGUCAUCUCUUAUACAUAAUCAUGCAUACAUAUUUACAUACCUAAUUGAAUAUAUAUACAUAUACACUACACUACACUACAUACUACUACUAUACGUACAUACUAUAUAGCAUUGAUGUACAUAUAUGUACACCUCUAUAUACACAUAUAUAGUAUAUAUAUAAUGUACACAUAGGUUGAAAAUGACAACAAACGAUUGUGUAUUUGUAAAGCCCGAGCCCGCCCAAUUCAAUAGCAAAACAAAAACAAAUAGUGAAAGUAAAAUGAUGAUGAAGAUGAUGAUGGUGAUGUUGAUGUUGAUGAUGAUAAUGAAUUGGAAAAUAUGUUGUAGAUUCCUGCUAUUCCUCGCUCAUCGUAUUGCCAAUUUCCUAUUUAUUAAAAUAAGCUGUAUUCUGUUUUUGUAUCUUUAUUAGUUUCUUCUAUAAACUCUACAAUACUCUCAAUGUGUUAGACAACAAAUGAGCAUUACUAAAAGUACCAGCAUAUUAUAAAUUUUUGUAAUUGUUCUUAGCUUGAUCUGAAUAUACUGAUGUACUACAAUACGUUUAUUAUUUUUGUAAUGUUUAAUUGGAGACUUGUAUUUAUUGUAUGUAUUUUGAAACAAAACCAAAAAGCGCUAAAAAUCUAUACAACAAGCAUACACAUACAUGAUAUACACUCAUUCACACAUACUUACAUAUGCUGCAAGCACAAUUAGUAUAUUUAUGUAUAUACUAUUAUGUCCCUUACUCUUAUUCUUUUGUUUUACCAAUUGAGUUUCACCAAAAAAUGUAUUCAACGUCGAAAGUACAAAACUGAGAACUAAACAAAAACAAAAAAAAAAAACGAAAAAGAAAAAGAAAAAAACGACAACAGCAAGCA